AAUAUACUAUACUUUGGAUGUUAAUUGGAAAACAGAACAGCCACUGGGAAAACCAAUCAGAAAAACACAAGCCAUUUUCAGGGAAGGAAGUACUAUAACCAUCCAUUACUAUCAAACCCCAUAUCCACUCCCACGCGAACCAUCUCUCUCUCUCUCUCUCUCUCUAGAGUUGUCAAGGUGGUUCUUUUUGGUCCAUGCCAAGUUUGAUGUUGUAGUAGUUGUUUCCCAAAAUAGAGAAACACACUGAGGUUUUGUCUACAUGGGGAAUUGCCUUGGUUUUCAGUCUGCUGGUUCUAACCUCAGUGCAUCUCCUUCCACCUCAGGAAAAGCUGGCUCUUAUGCCAAGGGAGGCAGAUUCUCGGCAUCGGGCAGCAGUGCCAGCCAAGGCCGGUCGUCGUUUGCGACAAGCGAAGAUACAUGUAUAGAUGGGGAAAUAUUGCCCACCUCCAAUUUGAAGGCUUUCAGUUUUGGGGAUAUGAAGAGUGCGACCGGAAAUUUUAGGAACAGUACAGUAUUGGGUCAGGGUGGGUUUGGUACUGUCUAUAAGGGAUUUGUGGAUGAGAAAACACUUGCACCAACCAAGUUUGGGAGUGGAAUGAUUGUUGCUAUCAAGAAACUUAACCCUGAAAGUAUCCAGGGGUUUCAAGAAUGGCAGUCGGAAGUGAACUUUUUGGGAAGGCUAUGUCAUCCGAACUUAGUCAAGCUGUUGGGGUACUGUUGGGAGGAUCAAGAACUGCUGCUUGUGUACGAAUUUAUGCAGAAGGGAAGCUUGGAAAACCAUCUUUUUGGACGGGUUUCUAGCAUCGAACCACUUUCUUGGGAUAUACGGCUCAAAAUAGCUAUUGAUGCAGCAAAGGGGCUUGCUUUCUUGCACAGUCCAGAUGUGAAAGUCAUUUAUAGGGACUUCAAAGCAUCGAAUAUACUGCUUGAUGGGCAUUACAAUGCAAAAAUUUCAGAUUUUGGCAUAGCAAAGGCAGGGCCUUCAGGUGGAGAUUCGCACGUGACAACACGAAUUAUAGGAACACAUGGUUAUGCUGCUCCAGAAUAUGUCGCGACAGGACAUCUAUACGUGAAAAGCGACGUGUAUGGUUUUGGUGUCGUGCUGCUGGAGCUUUUAACAGGUUUACGGGCACUUGAUAUGAAACGGGCGGGGAAGCAUAACCUGGUUGAUUGGGCAAGACCCCUUCUCCCCUACAAAAGCAAGCUCAACUUGCUUAUGGAUGUACAUAUAGAAGGACAGUAUUCUUCUAAGGCAGCGUCACUCGCUGCUAACCUCACCCUACGCUGCCUAGAAUCAGAUCCAAAAAGGCGGCCUUCCAUGAAAGAAGUUGUAGAGGUCUUAGACCGGAUCGUAGCUAUCCAGGGAAAAUCAAAAUCACCGUCAAAAUCCAUCUCUUCUACAUCUCAUCAUCAUCACCAUCAUCAUCAUGGACAUGGACGUGAACAUGGACAUGAACAUGGAAGUCAAUCUAGCCAUCAUCGUUCUCCUCUUCACCCUAGCCAACAACAUUGAACCGGAAACCAACCCUAUCUAGUGAGGCAAUUAAGCUGAUUACAUUGUAUCAACAACAGAUGCAUGUUUCACACAAAUUUUGUGCCUUUUAUUGUGCUUAAAAAUUGUUGUCAAACCAUUGUUUCAUUUGUCGGAAUUCUUUUGUCACGAUUUACGUACUGGCUGGUUGCCUCUUGUAUUUACUUUAGACGACUGUGUCAUAUUCUUGGAAGGAACUGGGAUUCCGUCUAAUAUAAAUUUAUGAACAGAGUCAGAAAUGAAAGUUUCUUUUCGUCGA